GGGGAAAAGAAAGCGUUUCCAGGUCAGCUCAAACAUGGAGAGAGGAGCAGAGAGACAAAGAGGAGGUGAUAGGGAGGCAGUGGAGGAAAACGGCUCGGUGGAGAGGCAGUGGGGGGAGGCAGAGGUUCUGGCUCUCAUGUCAGUCUGGGACGAGGUGGGAGCUCAGCAUGUAGCUGACAGCAGAACCACGUUUGAGUUGAUCUCAGAGCGUCUGAGGAGGCUCAGUGUUGCACGCAGCUGGUGGGAGUGUCAGGCCAAAUGCAGGAGCCUGGGACUUCAGAGCAGGAAGCCUGAUGCAGCAGCAGGCGCUUCAGCCAACUACAGCCCAGGAGUGGAUGGAAGGCCGGUGGAGGGCUGGGAGGAGGUGGAGGAAGAUGUGGGUAAUCAAAGAGGAGCCUACCCUUCCCCAGUCACUAUGCCAAUGCAGGAAGGAAUAAAGAGAACCCAUCGAGCUCUUCCAUACACGCCAAGUGUGGUUGAAGAGGGGGGCCGACACUGGACAGACGACGAGGUGCGGGCACUGCUGUGCGUCUGGGCCGACCGUCGCAUCCGGGAGCGCUUGAAGUACACGCUACGCAACAAGUCCAUCUUCCAAGAGAUGGCCCGUCAAAUGCAGAGAAGCUUUGGUGUGGUACGGAACUGGAAGCAGUGUCGAACCAAAUACAAGAACUUGAAAUACGACUACAAGACUGCUAAGAGCACUCAUGCUGCUGGGGGCAGCAGCGCCGGGGGCCCAGGGAAGUACAUGAAGUUCUUCGACGAGGUGGAGGCCAUUCUGCUGGACCGUGGGCUCGAAAACGGCACCGUGGAGAUGCAGAAGAAGCUGUAUGAUAAAGAAAUUGCUGCAGGGAGGCCACAAGCACAAGUAGGACACACAGCACAGACGGCAACCUUAGAAAGCGAGGUCGUGAUAGAAAUAGAUGACGAUGACAAUAGUGAUGAUUAUGAUAUAGAUGGAGACAUGGAAGCAAAGUGGAGAACGUCAGAUGCUCAUGUAACAGAUUCACCCAGCUCUGACCAGUUCCAUGUGGUCACGGUCUCCGACACGGGUCGAAACUGGAGUGACCAGGAGGUCCGCGCUCUGAUUCACGUUUGGGCCGACAAGAGAGUAUGCAGGCAGCUGGAGAGCUCCACCAGGAAGAGGGACAUCUUCGUCCAGAUCUCCAACCGCUUAAUGCAACAAGGCAUCGAACGCGACUGGAAACAGUGUCACACCAAGUACAAGAACCUCAAGUACCUUUACCGCUCCCUCCAAAGGGGCAAGAGCGACGAGAGCGACCCGAGGCGCCUCAUGAGGUUCUACGAUGAGGUGGAUGCCAUCAUGAAUCGUUCCAGAAACGGCUCGGGACAUGACGCAGGACAUGCAGAUCAACAAGCGGACUCAGGGGAGCUGCUGAUGUUGGAGGGCUGCGAGAUCGAGGAUCAUGUGAACAUUUAUUUGGCAAAGGCAAGCUCAAUGACGACAACGAUGGGAGCGACGGAGGAGAGAACUUAUAGCUCAGAUUCCGCCUCGUCUGUGAACCUUGACGCUGCAGCAAACAAUGAAGAACCGAGGCAGCGUAAGACCAACGAUCAUCACUUGGAUGAGAAGCACAGAUUAAAGAACUCCUGUGAAACAAGGAUAGAAAAAAAAGACACACACUCAGCAAACAGAGGGAUGAAGAGGAAAGCGGUGGAUCAAGAUCUCUUACUCCAGACUCCAGCUAAAAAACACUCCACCGACUGCAUUCUGACAGAUGUGAGGGCUCAGUGCAAAGAGGAACAGGAACACAUGCCGAUAAUUAAGAUCAAUUCAGUGUGCUCCAUGGCCUCGCGUGACCCAUCCCCAGAGAGACAGGAUUGUAGGUUCGUCAUGGUCUCCACGCCAGACUUGAAGCUCGGCCAGAAGCUGAGUGAGGGAAAGACGAAGCAGGUUUUUGAGCUGUUGGACCAGCCCGGACUGGUUCUGGUUCAGUCCAAAGACCAGAUCACUGCGGGAAAUGCAGCGAGGAAAGACCAGAUGGAGGGCAAGGCUGCCAUCGCCAACAAAACGACGAGCUGUGUGUUCAGGCUUCUUCAGGAAUCUGGCAUUAAGACUGCCUUCAUGAAGCAGCACUCGGACACUGCGUUCAUCGCAGCUCAUUGUGAGAUGAUUCCCAUUGAAUGGGUUUGUCGUAGAGUUGCGACUGGAUCUUUCCUCAAGAGGAAUCCAGGAGUCAAGGAAGGCUACCGCUUCUCCCCCCUGAAGAUGGAGAUGUUCUUUAAAGACGAUGCCAACAAUGAUCCUCAGUGGUCAGAGGAGCAGCUGCUGGAGGCCAAGUUCUGUCUGGCUGGGCUCACGAUUGGCCAGUGUGAGGUGGACAUCAUGAAUCGCAGCACUGUGGCCAUCUUUGAGGUUCUGGAAAAGGCCUGGGCCACACAGAACUGCACACUGGUGGAUAUGAAGAUUGAAUUUGGUGUGAACGUGAAGACUCAGGAGAUUGUCCUCGCUGACGUAAUUGAUAAUGAUUCAUGGAGGCUGUGGCCUUCUGGAGAUCGGAGCCAGCAAAAAGACAAGCAGGUUUACAGAGACCUGAAAGAAAUAACCCCUGAGGCAAUGCAGAUGGUGAAGAGAAACUUUGAGUGGGUCUCUGAUAGGGUCAAGCUGCUGCUGGAGCCCCAGACCAGUGGCAGGGUGGUGGUUCUGAUGGGUUCCACCUCUGACAUGGCCCACUGUGAAAAAAUCAGGAAGGCCUGUACUUCCUACGGCAUUCCCUGCGUCCUCAGAGUCACGUCGGCCCACAAAGGUCCAGAUGAGACGCUCCGCAUCAAAGCACAAUAUGAAGGUGAUGGCGUACCCACUGUGUUUGUGGCUGUAGCCGGCAGAAGUAACGGCCUCGGUCCAGUGAUGUCUGGGAACACUGCUUAUCCGGUCAUCAACUGCCCGCCUCUCUCUCCAGACUGGGGUGCACAAGACGUCUGGUCGUCCCUUCGCAUGCCAAGUGGUCUCGGCUGCUCCACGGUCCUCUCCCCUGAGGCUGCUGCUCAGUUUGCAGCGCAGAUCUUUGGCUUGACCGAUCACCUGGUGUGGUGUAAACUGAGGGCCUCCAUGCUCAACACCUGGGUCGCUCUCAAACUUGCUGACAAGAAGCUUCAGGCCUGCAGCAUCUGAAGUAUCUUAUGAUUCCACUGUCCAUACGUUUCAUGUUGUUUACCAUGGAAAACCUUGUAACAGUAGAUGCAAUCAACAUGUACUCUAACACUUAAAUCAUUCCCCCCAAAAAUUAAAAGCUUCUUUAAUUAACUGUC